UCGGCCGCACGGGAUCCCGAAAUUCGGUCCACGUAGGACGCCACGCCCGCUGAAGAGCCGUUCGAGGAAGCAACAGGCGGUUGCGUGUCGGAAAUCGGAAUCCUCUUCCGUGCUGGAUUGCCCAAUCCGACGCCCUCCCCAACCUAUUUCUACGCGCACCACCCGUUCGUCGCCGGUUACUCGUCUCCGGCUGCCGGACUCCGGCUACUGCUUCUGCGGAUUGCCACCAGCUCCGCCACCGCUCCGGCGUUCUCCGAUCAUCAGUUGCAAGAGUUCGCGGCGGUCCGAUCGACGCAGCGAGCGAUGGCAGCGGCGGCCCCUCCAGUGCGGGGGUACGGGCCGGCGUCGUCGUCGGUGACGCUGUACCAGCCGCGGGUGCGGGCGCGGAUACCGGCAUCAUUCGCUCCUGUGACGACGCGUCGGGCUGCCUCGGCGCGCUUGCGCGCGGUAGUCACGGACGCGCCCCGCGGGCUGCAGCUCCAUCGGCGGGAGGAUCGGGAGGUGGGGUUGAUGGGGAGAGUGUGGGGUAGCGGAGAGGAGGAGGAGGAGGCGGUGGAGAAGGUUGACGGAUGGAUGCGGGAGUCGAUCUCGGAGAUCGUGAGGCACAUCGGGGAGGCGCCGUUCCUGGUGCACCUGUUCAACAGCGACGACGGCGGGGAGCGCGUGACGGUGCGGAGGGAGCCCGCCGCGCCGGAGAGCUGGCCGGACGUUAGGCGCAGGUGGGGACCGGGCGGGCAGCGGCGGCCGGACGGGAUCAUCCUGGUGGAGCAGGUGGCCGCCGCGGCUGCGGACGGAGGCGCCUCGGCCACGGAGGCGGCGCGGCAGGUGUGGGGGCUGGUGGUGCAGGCGCGCGGGAUGGAGUGCGCGUCGUGCUACGUGCUCGACACCUGCCGCGUGCGCUCCUCGGUGGGGUUCUGCACGCACUUCUGCCUCGCCCGGGCGCAGUGCUUCGGCGACCCCGUCGAGCUCCAGCUCCGCAACGCCUGGCUCAACCGCCUCUCCGGCCGCCGAUAGCCGCCGCCGCCGCCCGUGGCAGCCGCUACUACUGAUCUACUACUACCGAUGGUACCCGAUGGGCGUACGACCAAAUGCGAUGCCUCCGGUUUUGCUGGGAAGAACAAAAAGAUUGGAAGCAGGGAAGACGAACAGAUUGAUCAAUCUUCUUCGUGCAGUUCGGUUUCUCCCUGAGUUGGAUAUUGAUUGUACAGAUUAUUGAUUGUAUUGCUUGCUUGCUUAUUCAAUCAAGAAGCGGUUCACUGAGGCAAUUACAAUGCAUUGCCCGUUGCUACCACGAAAAUUUUCGA